AUGCAGCAGCCCGAAACCCCGCAGAUAAGUCGGCAAACUGCGCCUGAACCUCUGGAUCCAACAGCUCAGUACCAUCGUCGGAGGAGAACUGCUCUGUGGGUGACCAUCUCUCUGCUCACUCUGGGUCUGCUGGUGCUGACCGUAGGUCUGAUCUCGGCCACUCGCACCGACAACGUGCCGGUCGUUGGACUAUACCCGGGCAUAAUAUUGAGUUUCGGAGCAUUUCUGGGUAUUGUUGGCAUCCACCUGGUGGAAAACCGCAGACCUAUGCUGGUGUCCUCGAUAAUCUUCAUCAGUGUCGGAGUCAUCGUUGCCUGCUUCUGUGCCAUCGUCGAUGGGAUAAUUGCUUCAGACUUUAUUGACAUUACGCGUAUGCAGAAGGGCAUGUGUGACUUUCACCCCAGUGGAUCUGGCUACGCCUACGACAGCUACUACACUGAGGUGAUGUGCCACUCUUUUGAGAAGUCAUGCAAGCUGAAAGUGAGGAGCAACACCUGCUACUGUUGCUACCUGUAUAACUGCGAGAGCCUGUACUCCUCACACUACUACGAGUUCACCGGGGUCAGCGGCUGCUGGGAUGUGGUCCAGCUGUACCGCCUGAUGUGGACCUCGGUGGUGCUCAACGUGAUCGGCUUGUUCCUGGGCAUCAUCACCGCCGCCAUCCUCGGCGCGUACAAGGAUAUCGUGAAGCCUGCUCCUCAGAUCGCUCCCAGCCCAACGCCAGCACCUCACAUCCUGUACAACCCGACCCAGCACAUGCUCACCUACCCCAACUUCUGUCCGUCUGGGCAGGCUCUGCCCGCCUACCCCAACUACCCAGUAUCCAUGCAGCAUAACACCAACCACCAGGCACCUGCUACUCCCCAGAUGCUCCCUCCUGGGGGAGGCCCUGUCUCCUCCCCCUCUUCCUGCCCGUCUGAGGAGAACCAGAGCCAGCUGCCCUCUCAGGUUCUCCCCCAGCCACAGCCUCAGGGAGCCACCCAGGACCCAGGAGGCUACAUGCUGACCCCCAACGCUCCGGUGCUCUAUGCAUCCUCCUACAGCGCCUUUGAGAAACCUCCACCUUACGCCUGCUGAGACUUUAGACAAAUAUGGAGAGCGUGCUGCAAACACCUUCACCUGGUCAGACUGACUGUA